UUGAUUUAUUUGCUUUUAUUUCGGUUUGAAAAUAUUGAAAUUGUUCUACGAGUGUAUCAGUUUGAAAACAAAGCGUUGUUUAAUCCCAUUUCUUCGAUUUCUUAUCUUUAUCUACUGACCGACUAUAUUUAGGUGGGGGUACAGGGUUCAUCAAAACUCUGGAAAGUUUCGAAUUGUUAAAAAAAGUAGGUACAUUAUAAAUAAUGUAUUCAAUACUGAUUCAAAGUGAGAUACGAUUACAGUAUCGCUGUUGAGAUAAAAUGUUUUUAACAUUAUUUUACAUGUACGCUACAGUAAUCCAAUGGUUCAGAUUAUCGAAUUUGAAAAACAAAUUAAACGGGACCCUAAAUAACCAAAACGCUCUUCUAGUAUGCGACGAAACUAUCAUAUACGAUUCGAAAAAAAACAGAAGUUUUGAAAAUUUGCUUUUCAAAACGCAUGAUAGGGUAGGGUGUACUGUCGUACCAAAACAAAAGAUCAACUUAUCCCAGUGGUUAAUAUUUCCGAAAGAUUAUAGGCAGUUUCCUAUAUAUUUUAGUAAGAAAACUAUAAAGUUAGAACCGCCUCAUGUUUAUAUUUUAGUGCAAGCUGUACUAGAAACGUACGUUAAACAUUCUGCCGAUAUGAUUCAGGUUGAAAAAUAUGGAGAAUUAGUUGCUUGGAGGGCUUCCGAUACUUUCGAAGCCAUAAUAAAAUCUGAUAUCAAUAAAUUGACCAGAAUUGUUCACUGUUUUUCAAAAAAUCCACUCGAUAUUAACCAUGAGUUGAGAUUACUGAAAAUUGAAACUGUCGAUGUCGAAGGUUUUCCAGUUAAGAUUAAAUUCGAAAAAAAAUUUACCAAAGAAAAUAUUUUAAAAUACUCAUAUGCUCCCAUUUAUUGGAAAAAAUUUGCCGAAACAACAAAAGACUUAUAUGGUAAAAUCAGGGACGUAAAAAAUCCAAAAAUCACAAUAGAAAGCGGAAAAUCUGAGGAAAGGAAAGUCCCAAUAAAUGAAGUUAAACCGAUUAAAAAAGAUGGCAAAAAAUCAGAUGACAAAAAUACUCUAGAAGUUGGCAGCGGUGAUUACAGAAGACACAAAUCCGGCGAACACAGACGAGAUAAAACAGUAGAAAAACACAAAACUGCUACAAACACCAAACCAGAAGUAACCACAAAAACGAAAGAUGAUGUAAAGCAUAAAAAAAACGAAGACAAACAUAAAAAUAAAGAAGAUAUUAAAUUAGAAAGUGAGGAUCAAAAGAAGAAAGAAGCUAAAGCGACAAAGCAAACAGAAGAAAUAACAAUAAAAGAAGCUAAAGAAGAUAACAAAAGAAAGGAAAAGGAAACAGAUAUAAAAACUGAUCACAAAAGAAAAGAAACAAAAGUUGAACAAGAAACGACAGUCACCGAUGGAGUAGUAUCUACAAAAGAACCCAAAGAAAAAUAUAAAAAAGAACAUACUAAAAAAUCUAAAAGCGGAAUUGGAAAACUAUCGAAACGCUCUAGCUCUGAAAAGAAAUUAGUGAAAAGUACAGCUCUUUGUGAAGACGUAGACGAUGGUUAUUCACAAAAACCUAAGGAUUAUUUAGCAGUUAAUCCCAAAAGUGAUAAAAAUAAUGAAUCUCUUAACAAUGCUAACACGCACAUUAAUAAAAAUAAUAGUAUAGGAAAAAAUAAAACUAAACCUCCGAACAUACUAAUCUUUUCUGAUAGUUUAAUAGCCAAAGAAAACGUCAAAGUGACAUUCGACAAUAUGUUAAAUAAAGAAAAGUACGUCAUCUAUGAUCUUCCAAUUGAUUCAAAACAAAACGUGUGGAACGAUUCCACAGCUUUGGUAGUAGUAUGCGGUGAUAUACCGCCCAAUCUAACCUCACAAUUACUCCAAUAUUUUUUAAACGGCGGUCAAUUGCUUUGCCUGUGUAGCGAUUUUCUUUACAGCGUUCUAAAUACAUUUACAACAGCUGAAGUUAGGGAGCACGAACUAGUAAGAUUCAGUUACGGACAAUGGAAACAAGUGAAAAUGAUGCAUCACAUUUUCUGUUAUCAAGCAUCUCCGACGAAAAAACAAUUUUCCAAAGAAUCCGAUCAAAGCAGCGACAACAGUUCAAGCCCCGUGGCACCUAGAACCCCAUCAGCAGUCGAGAUACAAAAUAACGGAAAAGAUUACGUUAUCCAAGUCAAAGUUCUUGGUACUGAAGAAACAUGGCAAACACCAAGCUUGCUUUUGGCUACAGUGAAAGGAGGUAGUGGACGAACAGUUUUUUCUCAGGUACAUUUGGAGAUCAACCCCGAUCAAUUUGAGGAUGAUGAAAGUAAAUUUCAAGCUUUAAAAGAAAGUAACGCAGCUCGCUUGGAGAUUCUGAAAGAUAUUUUAACGAAUCAUUUGGAAAUUGACUGUUCUGGCAGUAAAAAUGUGGAAUAUACACCUGGGUACUUCUUAGGUCGACAUGAUCUCAAAUUGAAAUUAUUAACAGACUGCGAAGAAAUACAAGACAUGAAAAUGGACUGUAGAAAAAUAUCGUUAUUAUUUUGCGGUAAAGACGAAAACCCUCCGAAUCCAACUUCGAAUUUUAUGCCUGUAUUCAUCCACACUUGUCCUUCGAAUUUUUCCACUGUAACUUAUUUCGAAUCGCUUACCACAGAUCAAAUAGGUCGGUUAGUUAUUUAUUCCAACGUAAUGACUAGCUCCCAGUUGUUAUUGGAUAAAACUUUAACCCACGGUAUCGCAGUUAUUCCAAGACAACAAACCUCCGGUACAGGUCGUUCGAAUAACCAAUGGAUCAGUCCGGAAGGAAGCGCUAACUUUUCCCUUCAACUUCACGUGCCUACGAAAUCUCCUUUGGGUAGAGCCCUUCCGCUUAUACAACAUCUAACGAUGGUAGCCAUAGUUUCUGCCGUAAAGAAAAGAAGUGAAUUCGAUCUGGACAUAGGGAUAAAAUGGCCGAACGAUUUGUACGCCUAUGGGAACGUCAAAAUUGGUGGAUUGAUAGUUAGUUCUGUUAUUACAGAUACGACAGCUAUUGUUAAUAUCGGUUGUGGUGUUAAUUUGGAUAAUUCUAAUCCGACUACUUGUAUUAACGAUAUCAUUAAAAAAAUUAAUACCGAUGAAAGAACCUCUUUAAAAACAAUACCUUAUGAAGUCUAUUUCGCUGAUGUUUUUAAUGAACUCGAGAGGAUAUACAAUAUAGUACAAAGUGGAAAUAUCGAUUAUUUUUUCGAUUUAUACUACAAGUAUUGGUUACACAGUGACAGCGAAGUUAGCGUAGCGUCAACUUCAGGUCAAUCGAUGAAAAUGAAAAUCGUUGGUAUAGACGAGUUUGGAUUUUUAAAAGUACAGUCACCAGAGGGCGACGUAAGCACUAUUCAUCCCGAUGGCAACACCUUCGACAUGUUAGAAGGUCUAAUUUCAAGAAAAACUUUUUGAAAAGACAGAAGAUGCUGUCCGUGAAAACAUAUUGUUCUACAUUAUGUGUGGUCUUAUAUUUUAAUUAGGAAAUUUGGAUAUGAAUGAGACGUUUUGAAUACAGUGUUUACACUAUCACUACACCAACACUCACAAUUACACUGUCUGACACGCGUUUCGAUGAUCUAGUUACCGUCUUCAGAGACUGAAGGUAAACUACAAUAUAUUAACCUGUUUUAUACUAAAUUAUCCACCAAUAAACCUCUCACGAAAAAUAAGUACAGCGGAAAUACCUCCUUGACGGGAGGUUAUUUGUCGACUACUGAAGAAUUUAUUUUAAAUUUUAAAUAUUAAUUGUUAAAAAAUGUUUCCAAUAAUAAAUUGAUGAAUGCAUUUGAAAGCAUUGAAAUUGCUAAAUGUAAGAAAAGUUUGAAUAAGGACAAAUGGGCCAAUUCCUUACAGCCCACUCUAUAGUUUAGUAGUCAAGGCAAGCAAGAUUCCCGCCAAGGUGGUUUUCCCGCUGGUAUUAUUUUUCGCCGGAGAAGGUUUAUUAGUGGAAAAAUUAAGUAUAAAACAGGUUAAUUGAUUUUAGUUUACCUUCAGUCCCCGAAGACGAUAACUUUGUUAUCAAAACGCGCGUCAGACAGUGUAAUUGUGAAUGUUGGUGUAGUGGUGGUGUAAAGUAUGAAUAUCACCAACUGUUCCAAAAAUUCCAACUUGGUUAUGACUGAGAUGUUUAUCAAAUUAUCAUAUAUCCUUAAAAAUUCUACAAAAUGAGACCGCUUCACAUAACAAACUGAUCUUUUGUGAAUUUGCCGUUUUGAUCAUAUAGCACAAGAUUCGUUGGUGAUAUUCAUAUUGAACACACUGUUUACGCGCUACCACUACACCAACACAAACAAUUACACACUUUACAUUCUGUUCUUGGAGACGAUAACUUGGUUAUCGAAACGCGUGUCACAUAGUGUGAGUGUUAGUGUAGUAGUAGAAUAAACAGUGUGAUCAGUAUUAAAAUGAGCUGACAAAUUGUAGGUCCUGUAUUUUUGGGAAGAAUAAAUAUAUUUUCCAUUUCAAAACAAAUAACGGUUGUUGUUUCAUCUUUAUGUUAGCAGAUCAAUUAUCUAGUAUGUCUUUUGCAUAAAAAAAUUCCGAUAAUCCCAUCAGAUUACAUAUAGAGCUUUCAGCUCUUAGUAACAUGAUGGGGUCUUCUAUCCUGUGGAAAGUCCGGCUUUAACCUGACGAUUGGAAACCGUAGAUGAAGUUUGUUUAAGUCAGUGUAGAUGUAUCAAUUUUGAAUAAAAUAUAUUAACCAAGUAAAAAUACAUAAUUAAAAAAAAUGCAGACAUUAUCUUACCUAAUAAUAUUCUAAUUCUAGUUACAAAGACCUCCCUUAUAUUAAACAAUUUACUAAUCAAUUUUAAUGUUCCAAUAGAGUAAUUGCAUGGUUUAAGAAAAAAUAUUUUUGGAUAGUUUAUAUACAACUUUUUUAUAAUUUUUGUUAAUUCUUUGUUCAACAUUAUAGAGAAAAAAAUUAUUGAAAAUUCAAAAAUUUUGUAGGUAGUUUAAACAUUUCAGUAAAGCCACCAUAUUGCAUGACGUCAUAGGUAUAAAAUAAACAUUGAACAUAUGAUACAAAGUAAAUACGACAGUUAUUCUCUCGGUUAAAACAUCUGAUGAAGUUUUUUUAUGAUGCCGAGAAAUUCCAAUAUACAACAAAAAUAGUUUGAAAGUGUUGGUCGUUUUGACGAUUUCAUAUCAAGAACUUAUAAAGUAUACAAAAAUAAUAGUAUAUUAUAUAACGAUUAUGGAAAGUGAUACAUUUCGCACUAGCUACUGUUUUGCACGAGGCCGAAAUACACUUUCCAACCAGUUGUGUACUCUAUUUUUCCUACGAUCACGUAAAAAUUCUUCAAAAAACGUAUUUUUUAAAUAAGAAAGUCAAUUAAACAAUAUCACAUAUGGAUUGAAAAGUACAUAAACUUACCUGUUAGUAAAAUCAAGACAGUCAUGAAUAAUGUUUUCCUCCACUAUGGAGAAUAAACUUUCAUUCAACUACUUUAUACAUUUCCCGGUAAUAGUAAUAACACUGAAAUUUAACGUUUAAAUUAUCUUGCAGACGCUAGUAUGUAUUUGAACACAAAUCAUAACAAACUUUCAAUUUUUAUUGCAAACACUAAUAUAACCUCAAAAAAUCAUAUUGUCUACUUCUUCUUAAAUUUGACCUUUUACCUUUCAGCACCCAGCCAGAUUUAUAUUGUAUUCGCGUAUUGCCUCUAUCGUUCGAGACCAUAUAUAAAAUAAGAAAAAGAAGCAUUUCAAUACAUAUAUGUUUUGUUAUUUUUUAGUACAUGUGUGAAAUAGGCUAUUUUCUUAGGUAAAAAUGAGUGUGCAAUCUAUCAUUUUCAUAAGUGUUCGUAGGAAAAUACUUUUUAAUAAAUGCAAGUACCCUAUUGUGAAGUAUCCUACUAGUUUUUUAACAUAUCAAGUUAAGUGUAAAAUUUUGUUAUUUCAAAUAAUAUUUCUAUAUAAGAAAAUCAAAAUUGUAUUGUAUCGAUUGUAUUUCGAUGUGGUUAGGUACCAUUUUAUGGAAUGGUACUCGAUUGUUGAUGUGCAAUAUUUAUUUCUGUUAUGUAAUGUUACAAAAUUGUUCCAAAUAUAUUUUGAAAGCAUA